AUGGAGAUUCCACCAGGCUUCGCUAUUUCUCAAGUAGCUGGGAAGGUGUGCAAGUUGAAGAAGUCUUUGUAUGGGUUAAAACAGUCUCUGAGGGAAUGGUUUGACAGAUUCAGGUUGGCAGUCUGUAGUAUGGGGUACAAGCAGUGCAAUGGGGAUCAUACAGUGUUUUACAGGCACUCUAAAAUGCGUAUCACUAUCCUAGCGGUCUAUGUUGAUGAUAUUGUAAUCACUAGAGAUGAUGCUGAGGAAAUCCUAUGGUUGAAGAAGAAAUUAGAAGAGGAAUUUGAAGUUAAAGAUCUGCGGCAGUUGAAGUACUUCCUCGGAAUUAAAAUUGCAAGGUCGCGAAAGGGUAUAGUGUUUUCUCAACGAAAAUUUGCUCUAGAUCUUCUCUUAGAGACUGGGAUGUUGGGGUGCAAAGUUGCAACUACUCCUAUCAAGCAGAAUCAUAAGAUGUGUGCCGAGGGUGGUGACCCGGUGAGUAAAGAGCAAUAUCAAAGAUUAGUUGGUCGACUUAUAUAUCUAUGUCAUAUGAGACCUGAUAUUACUCAUGCAGUGAGUGUGGUGAGUAGAUAUAUGCAUGAUCCUAGAGAGCAGCAUAUGGAGGCAGUUCGCAGAAUUCUUAGGUAUAUUAAAGGAAGCCCAGGAAAGGGGUUAUGGUUCAGGAGUUCUGGACAUCUGAGAAUUAAAGGCUAUUAUGAUGCUGAUUGGGCGGGUUGUAUGGAUGAUCGUAGGUCCACUACAGGCUACUGUGUAUUUGUUGGAGGCAAUCUCGUAUCUUGA